UGCUCAAUAGAAGGAACACAGAACGCCAGCCAUUCUGUGUUGCCUUUGCCCGUGGAGAUAGAUGUUGCAGUUAAUUCUGAAUCCCGGAUGAAUAGUGGCGACCGUCGGUCGUGUUCGCCGCAACACAGCUCCCCAUUUAAUUCGCUUCUCACGCGCGAGCCUUUCCGCCCGCGGACCCUCGCGACCAGCUGUGCGACUCGGCGCUGUCUCCCGGUUGAAAGGCGGCAGGGCAGGAGGAUGGCACUGCGCUGGACGGUCCCUCCGUGUUUGUCCUAGGUGGUCUAUUAAGAUUGUAAUUAGCCGAGAACGGACGUUUGACUUGUACGACGGACCGGCAUGACCGUAACGACAACCGCCACGGCUCCCGUUAUGGAAAAGGAGACUAGGUUUAUAGACCUCUGAUCAGCUGCUCAGCCAAUCGGGUGCCAGGCAGCCUCAGCGGGGAGGGAGACCAACAGGGAAACUGGAAGACCCCCCCUAGCGCCCCUGCACAGCUUCGCCUAUCACCCCCCUCCAUCACCGGCGCGAUGUCUAUCCCCAGCAGCAGCCCAGAAAGGGAGCUGUCCGGUGGCUCUGUCCCUCAGCUCGAGUGCCCCUCCUCCCCUCCCGGCAUGGACCCGGACCCACUAUCGACAGGCAGUCCAGUGCUCAGCCCAGACUCUUCCUCCCAUGAUGCUGUGCUGUCAGCACCAGCAGUCUCGCCAGCAGAUUCUGAGAAUCUCAGCCCCGAUGAACUGGAGCUGCUGGCCAAACUGGAGGAGCAGAACAGGCUGCUGGAGGCCGACUCCAAGUCCAUGCGAUCGAUGAGCGGCUCGCGGCGCAACAGCGGCUCCUCGCUGGUGUCCAGCUCCUCUGCCUCGUCCAACCUGUCUCACCUGGAGGAGGACACCUGGAUCCUGUGGGGCCGCAUUGUCAACGAGUGGGAGGAGUGGAGACGCAAGAAGGACAAACUGCUGAAGGAGCUGAUCAGGAAGGGGAUCCCUCACCAUUUCCGAGCCAUCGUCUGGCAGCUGUUGGGCAACGCCACCGACAUGCCAGUCAAGAACCAGUACUCUGAGCUGCUGAAGAUGUCCUCCCCCUGCGAGAAGCUGAUCCGCCGGGACAUCGCCCGCACCUACCCUGAGCACGAGUUCUUCAAAGGCCAGGACAGCCUCGGGCAGGAGGUCCUCUUCAACGUCAUGAAGGCGUAUUCGCUGGUGGAUCGCGAGGUGGGCUACUGCCAGGGCAGCGCCUUCAUCGUCGGAUUGCUGCUCAUGCAGAUGCCGGAGGAGGAGGCGUUUUGCGUCUUUGUGCGUCUGAUGCAGGAGUACCGCCUGAGGGAGCUGUUCAAGCCCAGCAUGGCCGAGCUGGGCCUCUGCAUCUACCAGUUUGAGUAUCUGCUACAGGAGCAACUUCCAGAGCUCAACGUUCAUUUCCGGUCCCAGAGUUUCCACACGUCCAUGUAUGCCUCGUCCUGGUUCCUCACGCUGUUCCUCACGUUCCUCCCCCUGCCUGUCGCCACUCGCAUCUUUGAUAUUUUCAUGUAUGAGGGCCUCGAGAUCAUCUUCCGCGUGGGCCUGGCCAUCCUGCAGUACAACCAGACUGACCUCAUUCAGCUGGACAUGGAGGGCAUGUCGCACCAUUUCCAGAAGGUGAUCCCCCACCAGUUUGACAGCUGCCCAGACAAGCUGAUCCUCAGGGCCUACCAGGUCAAAUACAACCCCAAGAGGAUGAAGAAACUUGAGAAAGAAUACACCACCAUCAAGAACAAAGAAAUGGAGGAGCAAAUAGAGAUAAAGAGAUUACGCACAGAAAACAGGCUGCUGAAGCAGAGAAUUGAGACGCUGGAGAAGGAGAGCGCUGCUCUGGCAGACAGACUGAUACAGGGUCAGGUGACCAGGGCCCAGGAGGCGGAGGAGAACUACGUGAUCAAGCGGGAGCUGGCGGUGGUGAGGCAGCAGUGCAGCGCAGCCAGCGAGAGCCUGGAGAAAGCGCAGGACACCAUCAGAGAGCUGCAGCAGCAGAGGUACACGGAGCAGUUCGUGAGCGGCCUGCAGACGCAGCUGGAGCAGUCCCGGCUCCGAGAGGCGGAGCUGCUCGGAGCGCUGAAGGAAAUGCAGGACAAGGUGCUCGACCUGGAGAAGAGGAGCAGUUGUCUGCCCGAUGAGAACAACGUGGCGGCGCUGCAGGAGGAGGUGAAGCAGAUGAAGCUGAGGGAGCUGGAGACGCUGCGCUCGUUCAGAGAGAUGCAGGACUCGGUUGCAGAGCUCAACCAGCGCUGGCAGCAUCAUAUGUCCCGCGGCAGCAGCACCGGCAGCGGCGGCGGCCACUGGAAGGAGUCCCCGAAGAAGAACGCCAUGAACGAGCUGCAGGACAAACUGAUGACGGUCAGGCUGCGGGAGGCCCAGGCCCAAGCGGAGCUCCGGGAGGUGAAACUGAAAGCGCUGCAGCUGGAGAGUCAGAACCAGAUCCACAACAAGCUGAUCGGUCGCCACGAGCAGGAACGCUCCGCGCUCCAGGACCGCGUCCAGAUGCUGGCCAAUCAGAACAAGGCCCUCCAGGCCCAGCUCAAUGAGAUGAAAAGGAAGCAGGCCGAGUCCGACUGCAAGAGCAAAGAGGAGGUGAUGGCGGUUCGACUGAGGGAAGCGGACAGUAUGGCGGCUAUGGCUGAGCUCAGGCAGAAGAUCGCCGAGCUGGAGAUCCAGAAGGAGGAGGGGCUGAUCCAGGGUCAGCUGAACCACUCGGACUCCAGGCAGUACAUUACCCAGCUCCGAGACCAGAUCUCUGAGCUGAAGAACGAGAUCCGGCUGCUGAAGGGGCAGAAGCCCGUCUCCGGCUCCAGGCCCGGCGCUGGAGGCGGGCCCUACCCGGACCUGUGCCUGGCCAGCCCGGCGUCCGCCGAGGGCGACUACCUGAGCUCCGACGACGAGCUGCUGCCCAGCCCGCUGCCCCCCGGCGCCCUCUACCCCCCCCUGUCCGGCCCGCGCCAGCCCUCCCCCCGCCUGGACAGCGCGGGCAGCACGGACAGCGACGCCGAGGAGCCGGAGCCGGCGCCGGCGCGCCCCAACCCGCAGCAGCUGUACGGCAGCAGGGUCUGCGCCGAGGCGCUGGAUAACUGAGGGCCGGGGGCUGCGCGCGGGUGGCGUCGCUUUGGACGGAGGAGCUCCGCGGGAUCCAACGCAGCGCUGCUGCUCUGCUUUUCCAGUGUUUACCUUUUACUUGAAGCAGACGUUGACGCUGAUUGGACUCUUAUCAUCACUACCGGUCGUCUCCACUCCUGGUUCUGUCUUCUUGUUCCCGACGUUGUCCAACUCUAGACAAGAAGGAAAGCGUCCCUCUUCGCCCCCCGUGCACCAGAUACUGUCCGUUAAAAUACAUAUCCAUCGUCAAACAAGUGACACUGGACCAGCAGCUGCUGCUCAAAACCUGGACCCGAACCUGUGAUCGCGGCUAGGAGUCGACCCUCCCUCCCCCUGUGAACUGACUAAUAGACAUGUGACACUGUAUUAACUGUCCGCCGUUGUAUAAACCUCCUUCCCGUUCGGUCGGAUCCAUCUUUAGCCUUUUUUCUCCCCUUCUUAACGCCUCUCUUUGAAAAGACGCACAUCCAUUUCCACUGCCUUCAGAUAAAAAAAAAAAAAAAAAGCCCAGCCAUCCGUUCACCUCUGUGCAGUGUUAAAAAGGUGAUGAGCAUGACUAGGAGUGUGCAGUGUAUGAGUAUGUGCACAUCCAGCGACAGGGUCUCCACAUUCAUAAAUGACUCACCAUAACAUACUAAUUAUGUGUGUUGUCUGUGGCUUGCAGAGUUAAUGCAGCAUCUUACGUCAGACAUCAUCACUAGAGCUUGGAAAUAUGGAGGGAUGGAUCUCAAUGUUGCCAAAUCUUUAGUUUUUUUAAUUAUUAUUAUUUAUAUGUUGUAAUUUAUUUUCUUUUUGAGAUGUAUAAAUCUACAGAUAUCUAUAUGAAACGUUAGGGGUGUAGUCAGAGCGCCAGAGGCCAAACUUCCCCCAGCAUCCUUUGUGCCAACCAGUCAUCUGUAACAGGUUUACUCCGACACGGUGUCAGAAAUGAAAAUUGUGCUGCUACGAUUUUUGAUUUACUUACAUUUUGUGCUUCCUUUUUUUUAUUUCUUAUCUUUUGUGAACAUGCAACCGCCCGGUGACUCGGUCGUAUCGUACCCGAGAACUGAGCAGUUUAACGUGAUUCUGAUCCUCCCUGGAGUUUCUCGGCGCAUGUGACUGAUGGGAACCACGUGGUUUAUCUGAAAACUGCACAUUAUGUUUGGAUUAUGAGUUUGAAAAGAAGUUCAUAUUGAUUCCUGCUGAACAGUACAUAUGUUAAAAAGUUACUUUAAACUCUGGCAUUGGUCAAAUGAUGUUCAUAAAUACUUAUCAUUUCCUUUUGCUGAGAUCAUAUGUUACUUAGUGAGCCAGAGUAUCUGCCUCUGCGUGAUCAACACCAGAGAUCCUGUCAUCAAACUUUAAAGAAAACGCGACUUCUCUGCAGUCACUGGCUCAUAGGCGCCUCUGGGUUUUUGACAGACAAAAGCGUUGAAGCCGUGAAGGUGGAGCGUGUAGUCACACUGUAAGGUCGCGUCGAAGCGGGAGAACGAGUGGGCGGGAGAUAUUUUACAUAUCAGACGCAUAAUAUAUUCUGUUAAGAAGAAAUGUGUAAAACAAAUGGAGAAAUAUAAAGUGAGAUGAAUAGUAUAUAGAGGGAAUGUGAAGCUGUUUUAGCGAUGAUGGUGUCAAACAGGGUGCCACCGGGAGCUCCCACAGCAUGGACCCGUGGGGUCACGGUGGGGUCACGCAUUGGAUUCGUCUCCCGCGACGCGAUCCGAGGCUCCGAGCGCCCGCCACGUGAAGGUUCUCGCUUAAAAACGUCUCGCAGCUGCUCGCGUGCAGCGCGAACGAAGGGCGACGCGGCGCGUUCUCGCCAUCUUCUCAGAAUAAGGAAACUGGGUCUUCCAGUAAUGGCCAUCGAAGAGCUAAAGAGGAUGUUGGUUUGUCCACCAUUCUGUCGCAAAUAACAGCUCUUUAGUGGUCAUUGGUGGGUGUAGCAACUGAAAUCUCUACAUUGAAAUCAGUGUCUGCAUAUUGUCUCACCAAAUAAACGUUGUCCAUAUCUUUUCACGUCA